GUUGCAGAGAAUGCUAAUCCCCUGUCUCUCUCACAGAGACAGACGAGAGAGAGAGAGAGAGAGAGUCUAAUUGAACAGCAGAAGCUUCCAGAUGAAAUGGAAUUGGAGGUGCUUAGAAGAGUUCACGUCGCGCAAUAUUAGCUUAAAAAACAAGUCCUUUGGUUUUUAAUAUUCAAUCCCAAAGGGGCAGUUAAUAACUUAAUAGUCCAUACCUGACUAACCCAGGCCCGCCAAACAAAACCAAGCGCAGCGAGUGUUCAGAGAAAAGAAGAAAAACAAAGAAAGAAAGAUUUUCUUCUUUCAGUCCUCCCUAAUUUCGCUGAGCAAGAACAAGUUGAGGUACCAAAUCAUGUGAAAGUUUGCCCAACCGCGCAGUAAAGGUGGGUCACGGCUGAAUCUCCAAAGCUGCUGUUGAUUUUGAACAAUGAAGUGUUUCUCCUACUUCAGGGAUAAAAUCAGAAGCAGGGAACAAAGAUCAGCCCCGGAACUGAAAGGCCUUAACAAAGCAGAUAGUUCGCCAACGGGAGAUGGGGUGAUCAAAUCUUCAUUUUCGGCAACUUCUCCGCGUAGUAUCCCGGAACUCUAUGAAGAGAAGGCUCACAAUUUGCGAGUCUUCAUCUUCUCAGAUCUCAGAAAUGCUACUAACAAUUUCAGUAGGCUGCUUAAGAUUGGGGAAGGCGGAUUUGGGUGUGUGUAUAAGGGUUUAAUCAAGCCCGCGAAUGGGCAGGGUGAACAUAUUGUUGUUGCCAUUAAAAAGCUUAACAAGGAUGGCUUUCAGGGUCAUAAACAAUGGAUAGCAGAAGUACAAUUUCUUGGUGUUGUAGAGCAUCCAAACCUUGUCAAACUUAUUGGAUACUGUGCUGUAGAUGGAGAAAGAGGGAUCCAGCGGCUACUCGUCUAUGAGUUCAUGCCCAACAAAAGUUUAGAAGAUCAUCUUUUCAAUAAAGCAUACCCUCCUCUUUCUUGGCAAACAAGAUUGCAAAUAGUACUUGGAGCAGCUCAGGGAUUGGCUUAUCUGCAUGAAGAGUUGGAAGUCCAGGUGAUAUAUCGAGAUUUCAAAUCAUCAAAUGUGCUCUUGGAUAAAGAUUUCGAGCCAAAGCUUUCAGAUUUUGGUCUUGCUAGGGAGGGGCCGACAGCUGGAAAUACUCAUGUUUCAACAGCGGUUGUCGGGACACGUGGGUAUGCUGCCCCAGAUUACAUUGAAACAGGCCAUCUAACAACCAAGAGUGAUGUGUGGAGUUUUGGUGUGGUACUGUAUGAGAUCCUUACAGGAAGACGGUCAUUGGAAAGAAACCGACAGAGGACAGAGCAGAAACUUUUGGAUUGGGUAAAACAAUUCCCUGCUGAGAGCAGUAAAUUCAGCAUGAUAAUGGACCCGCGACUUGAAAACCAAUAUCGUACAAGUGCUGCUCGAAAAGUUGCUAAGGUAGCAGACAGUUGUCUAUUGAAGAGUGCAAAAGAUCGGCCAAAGAUGAGUCAAGUAGUAGAAAAUUUGAAGCAGAUAAUCCAAGCUUCAGACGAGGGAAGCUCUUCGAAGAAAAUUUUCGAGACUUUUAAAGAUGACCCAGAUGUCUCAGAUAAGAAGCCAAACCAAACAGAAGUCUCAGAAUCCUCAAAGAGACGGAUGGCCCAUCUGGCUAGACUAAGCGAGCAUGUAGACGGGAUCAGUAAAAGAGGACUUAUCAUUAUGCAGAGGGCUAAGGUCGUUGUUAAUUAGUUGAAGAGCAGGACAGUGAGUGAAAACUAUAAGUGAGCGAACUGGGGCGAAUGAUGAGAUCGGUAGCCGCAAGUGGUGGGAAAUUUUUCUGUAGAAAUCAAUAAGUUGUAUACUGCCUUUUGACAAGGUACAUGACAAUAACUGUCCUGAGAUCCUUGCCUUGUUUUUUUGGCCCAUGUAAAUGUGAUUUGAGGAGAUAGUAAGUUGUAGGCUUUGUAUGGGUCCUUGUUUAGUAGCUUGUUCAGUACAAACGAGAUGUAGGAACACUUUUGAAAUGUCAACAAUUAUAUAUACUCCUGCUGGUUCAGAAAUUUACUGAA